AGUCGAUUCGCGAUCCUCAAAUAAAACUUACAUUCAAUAUUUCAUAUUUUUUCUUCCACACAUUUUUCAAACUUUUGAAUUUCGCGCAUUUAAUUACUUAACAAUAGAAAAGUGCCAUGACAGUAAUUAAAGCAGUGUGGGAUCAUGCACCAGUCGAUGUAUGGAUUUAUUUUCAAUGCAUAUUAAUCAUUUUCAUUAUUUAUUCCUUAUAUUUAUUCAAAGACAAUUUCAAAAUAUUGUAUUUUAUUCUAACACUUGACGGUCCAUCAGUUAUUCCAUUCCUCGGAAACAUUAAUUAUGUAUUCGAUAAAAAUUUACUGUUCAAAAUGUCUCACAUUAUCUAUCAAUUAUACGGACCAAUAUUCCGUAUCUGGCUGACAGUGUUCCCGUUCGUCGUAGUCCUGGAACCAGAAGACAUAAAAAAAGUCCUGGGCAAUCCGCGCAAUUCUUCAAAAGUAUUUUUAUACGGAUUCCUGCAGAAUUUUCUGGGCAAGGGUUUAUUGACAAGUGACGUAGAGACCUGGAAGAGCCAUAGAAAAAUUAUGCAACCGGCCUUUCACUUAAAUGUCCUGGAUAAAUUUGUCGGUUCUUUCAAUCACUCGGCUCGUAAGUUGGUCGAGAGCUUUUCAAGUGCGGGUGAAUGUCCAACUGACAUUACUAAUGUGAUUAAUGACUGCGUAUACGAAGUUUUGAAUGAAACGGUAAUUGGUAACGAGCGACAACCUGGUAAUAAAUUAUUAAAUAGUAAAGAUUCACCAUUCAGACAGGGACAGAUAUCAUUAUUUUAUCGCUUAUCUCAUCCAUGGCUGAUAUUCGAUUGCUUUUACAAAAAAACAGACGUUGGAAAAAAAGAGGACAGACAUUAUCAAGUUUUAUUUGAUGCCUGUAAAAGUAAAAUAAAUAAUAAUGAUGAAUUAAAUAAUAAUAAUAAUGAUAAUGAUAAUGACUGCAAUGGAAAUUCUCUUCUUGAAUUCAUGAUAAAGACAAGUACGAAAAAUUUAGAAUUUACAGAGCAGGAUAUUGUCAACGAAUGCUGUACAUUUAUGCUCGCGGGUCAAGACUCGGUGGGCUCAACACUUGCAAUGACAUUAUUUAUGCUAGCGAAGCAUCAAAAGUGGCAGAGUAAAUGUGUCGGAGAACUGGAUGAAAUAUUUGGCUGUGAUUCAAGAGAUCCAAAUUUGAAGGACCUGAAAGAUAUGAGAUACUUGGAGAUGGUUAUUAAAGAAACUAUGAGACUUUAUCCAAGUGUUCCAAUGUUAGGUCGUGUUCUUGGUGAAGAUGUUAAAAUUGGUAAACAUGUUAUUCCAAAAGGAUGUUCAGUGCUCAUAUUCCCACAAACAACUCAUAGAUUAUCACAUCACUAUCCAAAUCCUCAUGAAUUUAACCCAGAGAAUUUUAACUCUGAUAAUUCUGCUAAAAGACAUCCGUAUGCAUACUUAGCAUUCAGCGCUGGAUCUAGAAACUGCAUUGGAUACAAAUUUGCUCUACUUGAAAUGAAAUCAAUCAUCAGCAAAGUACUGAGACAUUGUCAACUGGAACCAGUUCCAGGUAAAGAAGAAUUAGUAACUAAAUUCCGAGUUACUGCGCGUGCUAAAGGCGGUAUUUGGAUUAAAAUAAAACCACGAAUGUCUUACCAAGUGUACAAUUAAAACCAAACCAAUUACUUGUUCAAACUCAUUGUAACUUUACAUCAUAAUUUUUGUACUUAUAUUUAUAGUUCAUAAUUAAUAAUAAAUUUUUUUGACAUUUGAAUUUUUCUUGCGUCAUUUCAUGGAGAA